AUGCUCUGCGCUGGAAGCGGCGGUAGAGGAGCUGCAUGGGAUGUGCAAGCCAACGCGACCGGCCUUGAGGACUUGGGGGUGCGGAUGACGAGCGUUGAGGAGGUGCUGAAGACGCUUGUGGCCAAGAUCGAUGCGUUAACACCGCAAAGAGAAGGGAAAGGAGUGAUGACAAUGUCAUUUAGUGGGGAAGAAAGCUCGGAGGAGAAGGAAGGGGAGAAAAGCACAAUCGUGAUGAAGACCGGCGAGAGGAGUUUGACUGGGCCUUAG